AUGAAGUGGCCGAGACCCGCUCAGCCAAUGACAGGCCCCGUGAUUCCGAUCGCUAGCGAAAGCUCUGGCUCCAACUUCGACUUCCGACUUCAUCCACCCUCUGCCUCCCUGCCCUCCCACUCGCACUCCCACGCAAUUGCGGACACACCCCUCGCGGUCAAUUGCUUCACCAUGUCGCUCUCCUCCGCUUCCAGCACUCUGCUGCGCACUUGCGCCCGCCAGCAGCUGCCCACCUCCCGCACCGCCAGCCCCUUCGCCAGCGCCAACGAGCGUGGCUCGACUCUGAAGAUCCCCAACUUCAGCAAAUACCAGUCCAACAAGAAUCCCCGUUCCAACCAGGUCUUCUCCUACUUCAUGGCUGGCACCAUGGGUCUGGCUUCCGCUGUCGGUGCCAAGGCUACCGUUCAGGACUUCCUUGUCAACAUGUCCGCCUCCGCCGAUGUCCUGGCCCAGGCCAAGGUUGAGAUCGCUCUCGGUGCCAUUCCUGAGGGCAAGAACGUCAUCAUCAAGUGGCGUGGUAAGCCCGUCUUCAUCCGUCACCGUACCCAGGGCGAGAUCGACGAGGCCCGCGAGGUCAAGUGGGAGUCCCUCCGUGACCCCCAGGCCGAUGAGGACCGCGCCCAGCGCCCCGAGUGGCUGGUCAUGCUGGGUGUCUGCACCCAUCUGGGUUGUGUGCCCAUUGGUGAGGCCGGUGACUACGGCGGCUGGUUCUGCCCCUGCCACGGCUCCCACUACGAUAUCUCCGGCCGUAUUCGCAAGGGCCCCGCCCCUCUGAACCUGGAGGUUCCCUCAUACCAAUUCCCUGAGGACGAGACUCUCGUCAUCGGUUAA